UGUCAGUUAAAUAAAGAACAAGAAAAUACAGAGAUUAAAUAUGAUGAGCAAUUUCUUAUCUUCUACUUGAACCUGAAAAAAAGAAAAACAAAUAAUAAACUCAAAAUUAAAUCGAAAUUAUUAAAAAUGGGUGCUCUGUUUGGGAAAAGUAAAAAGCCACAAAGUAGAAUAACGGACCAAGACCGUGCUGUGCUGCAAUUGAAACAACAAAGAGAUCGUCUCAAGCAGUAUCAGAAGAGAGUCGAAUUGAACCUCGAAAAGGAUCGUGAGCAAGCUAAAAAAUGUCUACAAAUGGGACGAAAAGAACGAGCAAAAUUACUUCUGCGAAAAAAGAAGUACCAAGAGAAACUCCUCGAAAAUACAGACGUCCAGUUGGAGAACAUCGAAAAACUCGCUUCAGACAUAGAAUUCGCACAAAUCGAGGCUGAUAUUGUGAACAAACUGCGAAUGGGCAACGAAGCCCUUAAAGCAGCCAAUGACCUAAUGAACAUCGAAGAAAUUGAGAAUAUUAUGGACGAAACGAGAGAAGGAGCCGAGAAACAGAAGGAAAUCGAUUCAAUACUAUCGGGAGCUCUGACAGACCAAGAUGAAGAAGAUGUCCUAGCUGAAUUAGAUGAUCUGGUAAAUGCCGAUGAGGCGGAAAAGAAUGCAGCAAACAAAAUCGAUGACGACGCCGUCAUUCAGUUGCCUGAGGUACCUGCGGAUGAACCUGUUGCUGACGAUGCGAGCGAAGAACCAAAGAGAGUCAAGGAGAAAGAGAAACAAAAGCGAGUUCUUGUUGAAGCUUAAAACUAUUUAUUUUUUAUUUUUAUAUACGUCUAAGUCUAGGGUGUGUGUAUUUGCAAUGAAAAUAAAUUAGUUUUUAGAAAACGCCUUCACCUUGA